AUGGUGUACGAUCCAAUCCGGGACUGUGAUUUUCCCUCGCCCUCAAUACAGGAUUCAAAAAGAUACCCUGUCUCCCAUUACGCUCAGCCAACGUUGUCAGAUCGAGACAGAGAGCUCGGCGAACCAUCCUCUGCCCACCAUCCAUAUUCUUCGCACUCGAGGGCUGUAUCAUCCUCCAGCGCAACAUCGCACUCCCCGCCGCCUCCAGUCCAAAGAAUACCUUCCAGCUCGAGCAGUCUGAGAGGAUUGCUGAACGACCCAGAGCCCGAGGUCCCCAGACGCGCCAGCGAAAGAACCCCGAGUUUUUCAUCAGCUGGUGGUGACACCGAGUCUCACAAACCGAAAUUGAAGAAUCUACUCAACGACGACCCCCCUGUCCCUACCAGCCCCUCUACCCAUUCUGGCGGCAGCCUCGUGAGGGGCUCGCUGUCUCCCAAGAGGGCUGAAUCGAGGGCCGACUCGAGUGGUUUCCUGGCUCCCGCCACGCCGGCAUCUGCCGUCCCUGGUUAUCCCAGCCGACUCAGUAUCAGUCGAUCUCCUUUACUGCAUACGAGUCCUCCUACUCAUCAUAUCCCAACUCCUUCCCAUGGGAGCCCGGUAUACUCUGCGGGGUACGGGGAGCCUCGGCCAGGCAGUAUGCUGCCCCCUCUGCAGCCUCAUCAUCCACAUGCCGAAUACGAGGAAAGGCGUACAUCUGGUAGUUCAUUCCCUGGUGCUUCCAUCGCUGCAAGGUCACCGUCAAUUAGUGUCUCUCCGCGAAGCCAGCAUCAAGCCCUUCCUUAUUCCACCUCUCGACCAGGGUCUGCUCACAGCGCAAGAGAACCUUACACGUACUCUCACCAAGCGAUCCAUCUCAAUAGACAAAACACAUUGUCGCCAGUCAUCUCUAACAGAAGAUUGUCGGAGGAUCAGAGGCCGACGUCGUCGAGCUCAGGCGCGGGCAGAAGACAUACAGAGCCCGUGGCGCAGAGUCCGGUGGGUAUGACUCAGCCUCCGCCGAAUUCGGUGCCGUCGGCAUACCAGCCGAGACAUCAGUCUACGCCUGGUUCAUACCCUCCUCUACGCGUCACGCCUCAGCCUUUCUCUCCCUCUCCAUCUCAUUAUACACAUCACGCUGUCGUCCCACCCCCUCGCUCGAGGCCUUACCACCCUGAUCGACCCACUCGUGUGAUCUAUGCCGACGAGAUCGACCAUCUCAGACAAUUGGCUCGCAAUAACAAUCCUUUGCGUCGUAAAUCUGGACACGCACCCUCUGCCAGUCGGAGUGCGAGCCGAGCUCCCGAGCCCACGCCUACACCUCGUAGGAGCUUGCCAUACGAGAGCGACACUUCGUACUUUCCUCCGCAAAGCGCGCAAUCGGCGGGCUAUCCUCCUCAGCAGCAUCAGUGGGACGAUAGAAGUGCUGUCUCGGCUUCGGGUGGGUCGAUAAACACGCCCACGCCUGGUGGACAUGGUCACGGAUACCCGCCCAAUUGGGAAGACCAAGCUGCCAGUGGCUCUUUACAGAAAGGCAGAGGGGACAAUGGAAAUGGAUAUGGGUAUGGACACGAGAAGGGGUAUCGGCAGCAGAAUUUAGGAUAUGAUCAGGAGCCGCCUCAUGGCACGAAACGCGGCAGGGAAGACGAGGUGGAGAUUUUCCCCUCAAAGAGGGCUGUCUCGAACCAUCAAGCGGGACAGGCGCAUAGCAAGAAGGUGGCACAAGUUGCAAACUUUUACAAUUCUCGGCCAGACGUUGGGGUCGAGCGACGUGAAUUCUCGCCCAUCAUUGGUCUCAAAAAGUUUAACAACUGGAUCAAGUCGGUGCUCAUCGGCAAGUUUGCUCAUCGGCCAAGAGGAAAGGUACUGGAUGUUGGGUGCGGGAAAGGCGGUGAUUUGAACAAGUGGAAACAAGCGAGGAUCGCUCUAUACGUUGGAAUCGAUCUGGCAGAGCAGUCUGUGGAUCAAGCUGCGGACAGAUACCAACGUCUGAAAAAUGCUUUCCAAGGUUACUUCUACGCCCAUGACUGUUUCUCCAACCCACUCAGCGAUGUCCUAGGCCCUGAACUCCGAACCCGGGAUCUCUACGACAACGUCACCAUGCAGUUCUGCAUGCAUUACGCCUUUGAGAAUGCCGCCAAAGCUAGGAUGAUGAUUGAAAACGUAUCAAUGUACCUCAGACCUGGGGGCAUCUUUAUCGGGACCAUACCCAAUUCCGAGUUACUCUUGGAGAGAUUAGAGGAAUUGCCUGAAGAUGACGAACAGUUGACUUUUGGAAACUCUUGUUAUUCCGUACAAUUCUCACGAAGGCAUCACACAGGUGUCUAUGGGCAUGAGUACAGGUUCUAUCUGGAGGAUGCAGUGGAAGAUGUGCCAGAAUAUCUGGUCAAUUGGGAAAGCUUUGAGUCAUUGGCCGCAGAGUACAAUCUUCGACUGAUUUACAAGAAAGAGUUCCACGAAAUCCUGUCUGAAGAGAAGGAUUCGAGAGACUUUGGGCCACUGCUUGGGAAAAUGGGCGUGUUGAAUGAAUAUGGAGAGAGUGCGAUGGAUGGAGAUCAGUGGGAGGCUGCCAACUUAUAUAUGGGAUUCGCUUUUGAGAAGCUGUAUAUCGACACGUAG